AUGGUGGUUCAAGGCGUUGGCUACUAUCGGUGCAUUGGCAUGCUAUGCGUCUUCAAGAAGUAUGCACAUGUGAAGGCUGAGGAGGCGCAGGUUAACGAUCGGCCUGCGUGGUUGCGACGUGUGGGGGAGCCGUUUGAUGCUGUGGACCUCUCUGCACGGAGCCGGCUGCAGGAGAUGGGCAAGCGACGUGACCGGUUGGCUCGGCAGUUGCGAGCGCUUCGGGAAGCCCAGGCAGCGGAUCCUGAGUCCGUCAUCUCGACGGAGUUGGAGGAUGUUCAAGCGACAGAGCGUUUCGGUUUCAAGAAGCAAGAAGCAGAGGCAUCUGGAAGUGGCAGAGAGGCGGCUUCGAGACCAUCGUGA